AUGGCUCCAACAAGUAAACAUAACCGUAAAUUGAAAAUCGAAGGCACCGAUUUACCCACAGCCAAACAUAUACCAACUUCUGCAUCCUGUAGUUUGCAAGAUCGCAAAAGUGCAUUCGUUUUUCAAUUGGAUGGUCAACCUAAACAAUCUUGUAUUGACAACGAAAUUUGGCCACCGGUGUUCAAGCCUGAAUUUCUUAGAAGUGCAAAGUCUAUGACACCACGUGAUAAUGACAUCUUCGUAUGUACUUAUCCUAAGUGUGGCACCACAUGGAUACAGCAUAUUUGCUCACAGCUGCUAACUGAAAAUUAUGGACCACAGGUGGGACAAGGUAAGCAUAUUAUUUCAUUCCUCCCUCGUUUACCACCGCUUGAACCUCUCUUUAAUAUGCUAAUUCCAGAACUGUGUAUAACGAGUCCAAUGAUUGAACGAAUGGGUGCAAAAUUUGCUGAUAAUUUAGAUACUCCACGACUACUGAAAACACAUUUCACAUGGUACAAUGUACCAAAAAACAACAGUGCCAAAUAUAUUCUUGCAGUUCGAAAUCCGAAAGAUUGCCUUACAAGCUACUUUUUUCACAAUCGCAACUUCAAAAUCUACAAUUACGAACAUGGUGAUUUUUCUGCUUUCUUCGAACUUUUUCUGACGAAAAAUAUUGCAUUCGGAAAUUAUUUCGACUAUCUGCUCAGUUGGCUUCCACAUAUUAACGAUGAAAAUGUGCUGUUUUUGAAAUAUGAGGACAUGUGCGCCGACUUACAACAAGCAAUUGUGAGAAUUGGCGAAUUUUUGGGCGGUAAAGCCACAAAACAUGUCCAGGAUGAGGCUAUAUUAAGUCAAAUUGUGGCAAACAGUACGAUCAAAUCUAUGAAGAAAGAUCAGUGGCGAUGGUUCCCAGAAAAUAAUCUACGACAAAAUAUUUUCAUCCGAAAAGGUGGAAGUGGAGAUUGGAAAAAUUAUUUUACACUUGAUCAGUCAAGGCGAUUAGAUUCAAUGUAUCAAAAAUAUCUAUCCGGAACAAUUGCGGAACAUUGGUGGGAGGAAGAAAUGGCUUGGGACAAUUUAGAAGAGGAUAUCGGAAUUGAAACCGAUUUGUCAUCCAUAUCCAUUGCUAAUGGAUGCGUCAAUAAUAGUUCUGCCAGUUCAAGACGGGAUUCCCUAGAAGAUUUCCAGGGAGAUUCCAUCGAAUCCACCGAUUUGAGUCUUCUGAAAACGACUAUUCAAAAAUACAUCCCAUGGCGUGAACGUGUAUCAUCACAAUCAUCAUCAGGAUAUAAUUCAUUGUCCUCAUCCUUAUAUUAA